AUGGACAUCAAGCAGCUCUUCGACGUCAAGGGCAAAGUCGUCCUCGUCACAGGAGGCGCAAAGGGCAUAGGCCGCAUGAUCUCGGAGGGCUUCGUCGCCAACGGCGCGAGGGUGUACAUCUCGUCCCGCGACGCCGCCGCCUGCCGCCAGGCCGCCGCGGAGCUCAACGCCGCCGCGGCGGCCUCCGGGUCCGGCGGCAGCGCGGCCGCCCUGCCCGCCGACCUGCAGUCCCUCGACGCCUGCAAGAGGCUCGCCGCCGAGCUGGCCCGCCUCGAGCCGCAGCGGGGGCUGCACGUCCUGGUGCACAACUCGGGCGCCGCCUGGGGCGCGCCCUUCGACGCGCACCCGGACUCGGCCUGGACCAAGCUGCUGACGCUCAACCUGCACCGCACCUUCACCCUGACGCAGCUGCUCUGCCCGCUGCUGGAGAAGGCCUCGGUGCCCGCCGACGCAGCCGCGGGGACGGUCGCCGACCCGGCGCGCGUGAUCCACAUCGGCUCCAUCGACGGCAUCCGCGUCCCCGUGCUGGCCAACUACGCCUACGGCGCCUCCAAGGCGGGCCUGCACCAGCUGAGCCGCGCCCUGGCCGUCGAGCUCGGGCCGCGGGGCAUCACGAGCAACACCGUCGCCCCGGGCCCGUUCCCGAGCAAGAUGAUGAAGAGCGUGCUCGAGGACAUGGGCGACUCGAUCCGCGAGACGUCGCCGCUGGGCCGGAUCGGCACGCCCGAGGACGUCGCCGGCGCGUGCCUCUUCCUGGCGAGCCGGGCCGGGUGA